CCAAUUAUCUGUCUGUUUUUGGUUUAUGUUUGUAUUAAUACUGUCAAGAGUAGUGUUUAUAUUUUUGUUUACAUUUGAUUUGUUUUUAAAGUCAUAUCUUCACUUUUCAUCAAGGCUGAGGAUACCUGCUAUGUUGAUAUCUGCAUUAUCUGUGCGUAUUUCUAAUCAAUAUACACCUUCACUGAUCUGUUUUAGCGCCUCAUCUCGCUGUAGAUAUUUGACAACACAGGAUAUGGGUGGUUCAUACGCUUGGUUAUUAUGUAAUGACAUUACAGAGACUACUGAUGCUUGCAGUCAAGUGCGGUUUUUACUGAGAAAGGGCAAGAGUUGUGGAUUGCUUUAUUCAUCCCAACUGGUGCUGCUAAGUAAGAGGAGUGAAUGACCGUCAGGUCAGAUUAUAGUCGGUCAUGAU